AUUAUGGAAAGAGAAGAAGAGAGACAGAGAGAGAUUGAAAGAGAGAUUGAAGAAGAAAGAUGUAAACAGAAGCAAAUAGAGAUGGAAGAGGAAGAAAGAGAGAGGGAGAAAGAGAGACAGAAAGAGAUUGAAAGAGAGAAUGAAGAAGAACUAUUUGAACAGAAGCAAAAAGAGAUGGAAGAGGACGAACGAGAGAGGGAGAAAGAGAGACAGAGAGAGAUCAAAAGAAAGAGAAUGGAGAAGAGACAGAAAAUUAUGGAAAGAGAAGAAGAGAGACAGAGAGAGAUUGAAAGAGAGAUUGAAGAAGAAAGAUGUAAACAGAAGCAAAUAGAGAUGGAAGAGGAAGAACAAGAGAGGGAGAAAGAGAGACAGAGAGAGAUCAAAAGAAAGAUAAUGGAAAAGAGACAAAAACAUAUCGAAAGAGAAGAAGAGAGACAGAAAGAGAUUGAAAGAGAGCACGAAGAAGAAAGAUGUAAACAGAAGCAAAUUGAGAUGGAAGAGGAAGAACGAGAGAGGGAGAAAGAGAGACAGAAAGAGAUUGAAAGAGAGAAUGAAGAAGAACUAUUUGAACAGAAGCAAAAAGAGAUGGAAGAGAACGAACGAGAGAGGGAGAAAGAGAGACAGAGAGAGAUCAAAAGAAAGAGAAUGGAGAAGAGACAGAAAAUUAUGGAAAGAGAAGAAGAGAGACAGAGAGAGAUUGAAAGAGAGAUUGAAGAAGAAAGAUGUAAACAGAAGCAAAUAGAGAUGGAAGAGGAAGAAAGAGAGAGGGAGAAAGAGAGACAGAAAGAGAUUGAAAGAGAGAAUGAAGAAGAACUAUUUGAACAGAAGCAAAAAGAGAUGGAAGAGGACGAACGAGAGAGGGAGAAAGAGAGACAAAGAGAGAUCAAAAGAAAGAGAAUGGAGAAGAGACAGAAAAUUAUGGAAAGAGAAGAAGAGAGACAGAGAGAGAUUGAAAGAGAGAUUGAAGAAGAAAGAUGUAAACAGAAGCAAAUAGAGAUGGAAGAGGAAGAAAGAGAGAGGGAGAAAGAGAGACAGAGAGAUAUCAAAAGAAAGAUAAUGGAAAAGAGACAAAAACAUAUCGAAAGAGAAGAAGAGAGACAGAAAGAGAUUGAAAGAGAGAAUGAAGAACAACUAUUUAAACAGAAGCAAAAAGAGAUGGAAGAGGAAGAACGAGAAGAAGAGAGACAGAGAGCGAUCGAAGAGAAAGAGAGACAGAGAGAGAUGGGAGAGAAAGAAAGACGACAACAAGAGGAGAGAAAGAUAAUGUUUGAGAGAGAUCAAGAAGAAGAAAAUAUAUGGAAACAGAAGCAAAUUGACAUGGAGAAGGAGGGAAGAGAGAGGGAGAACAAGAGACAGAGAGAGAUAGAAGAGAUACACAGACGACAACAACAAGAGGAGAGACAGAAACAAAAGGAGAAGGACAAAGAAAGGGAGAAAGACAAUGACAAUCAGAGAGAGAUGGAAUUAAAAGAUCAGCAACAGAAAGAGAUGGGGAAAGAAAAGAUGAUUAUGAGAGAAAGGGAGGAAGCAGGAAGAAGAAAGGAGGGGCAGAAAAAUAUUUUGGGGGAAAUUGAGGGACAGAAUGAACUGGAGAUAGAACAGGAGAGAGAGAUGGAAGAAAAGCAGGAAGUGAUUAAGGAAGCAGAGGAAGAGUACAGGGAAAGAGAAGAGAGAGGAAAGGAAGUAAGCAUGAAGAAACAUGUAGUAGUUAAUGUUAAAGCAAAAGCACGGGAAGUCUUCAAUAGGCGUAAAGAGAGGAGGUUAGAAGUGUUGAAGGGGGAACGAGAACACAUAGAAAGAGGACAACAAAUCAGGAGGGAGAAGGAGGAAAGACGGCUGGAGAUGGAAAGAAAACAGGAGAGGGCAAGACAACAAGAGGAGCAGGAUAGAAAACAAGAGAUUGAAAUUGCUAGACAGAAAGAAAUGUUGAGACUAAGAGAGGAGGAGAGGCAGAGAGAGGAUGAGAGAGAGGAGCAGAGAAAGAGAGCCAUUGAAGGCCAUUUAUCUUUAAUCAGAGAGAGAGAAAAUAUAAUAGAGACAAAAAAAAGAGAGGAGAUGGUGGAAGAGGAAAGAAGGGAGAUCCUUGAGUACAAGAGGGGUGAGUUAGAGGAGGAGGAGAAGGACGAUGACAAGGAGGACAUUCUCCCACCUGAUAAAAGUAUCAGAAGGAAAGCUGUGGGCUGGGUGAAUAAAACAUGGGAGAAGAGGAACCUCAGAAAGAUAGAGAGAACAUAUCAGAGAGAGGCUGAGGAGGGCCAUAAGAUCGUCCACAUAGCCAUCCCUGGACAUACAAGGCUAACAUCCACCAUGACCCGGGCAGAGAGAGAGAGGGAGAAGAGGAAGGAGCUGCUGAAGGCUGAGGAGAGAAGGAAGAAGAUGGAGGAUUUCAAUAAGCAGUGGAGAGAGCGGUCCCUGCUUAAAAACACACUCAUCAACAACUGA